AUAACACUUCUUUAGUUCUUUAGAGGAAAAAGCUCUAACUGUCGACUAAGUUGAUGGCGCGGCAAAGAAAUUAGCAGCACCGAAAUAGUAGCUAAGCCGUUCUUCAAUUAAACUAUGGGGUUUCCCUUUUUUUUUAAUAAUAAACAAAGUGGAAAAAAAUACAUUUUUUUAAUUAUUAUCUGCUGGCUAAGAAAAUCCCCUGAUCAUACGAUUAACUUUUUCCUCCACAUCUCUUUGAUUCACAUUCUUUCCUGAAGGGAAAAUUCAAGGGGCGGACUUCGAUUUUAUUACAGAUGUUAUCUUUUUCUCUCUCAUGAAAGUGAACAGAUUGGCAUCAACAACAACAAAAUAGAGCUUCACUGCUUUAGUUCUUGAAAAGAACUUGAACCGCUAUGAAAUGGUGUAGGAGGAAUUUGAAUGCUUUAUUUGUUCGGCUAAGAAUGACAAAUUGACAGGUACUAAAGGUUCUGCUCAAGGUAGGAAAGGAAGAAAAUGGAUUCCAUACAAACACAUUCUAAGCCUAUUCUUGGAGACGAUGAGAAACAAAUUGAACCUAAACAAACGGAAAGUGAUGAUCCAAUUCUUGAACGCGUUGCAUCAUGUAUAUCGAUAGCCACAUCGCCUUCUCCUAUGUCGUCCCCGUCAUCAGGUGGUAACACGCCACAAUGGAGUAUGAUGAGCGCAUCUCCACAUCAUGGGACAAGUAACCAGCUCUCAUUCACAGACGAACAUCCUGAUUGGAAUGCACCAAAUACGAAUUAUGACCCAACACGAAUACCAUCGUCAAUUUUCUCUAGCAAGCCAUCAAUGCCCGGGGAAUGGAGUGUCACUUCUAAUGAGUCAUUGUUUAGUAUUCAUACGGGUAAUAGCAGCUUCUGUAGAGAUGAGAGGAAGAGCUUCUCUUCAACCCUUCCCACUCUCAUUGAAGUGUCAGCGGAUCGCGAAGAAAAGAGCGGUAAGAUGUCCAGCGGAUCUUCUCAAGUACAAGAGAAUGAUGAUGUUGAGACCCCAAAGUCAUUCAUUUCGAAACAUACCUCGAAAGAUUAUGAUGAUGAGGAGGAAAAGGGGAAUGUGGUGGGUGGUGAAGUGUAUUCUUCUACCAUGAGAGUGGAAGGUGGUGGUGUUGCAGUUCCUCAAAUCGAGCGUAUUCAAGAAUCAUCCCGCCUUUCAACCGGGAGUACAACUAGCACCAAGUCCUUUGCAUUUCCUGUGUUGGUAAAAGAUUUUAGUAGAAGAGAAGGUUUGUUGAAAGGGGACAAUGGCGGUAUGAAAUCAGAGGUUCAACCACAAGCAAGGCAGCAGUCUGAACCAGAGCUUCAGCAGCAGCCAGCUGAGACAACAGCAAAACCCGAAACUUCUAAAGGAAUGCCCGAAGCGGUACCACCCGUGGCUACAGCAGAGCCCGGUUGCUUUUCUUGUUUCUCUUGUUGUUCACGUUGCUGUUGAUAUAUACUCCAUCUCUUCUAAAAUAUAUGUCUAGGUAGGGGUUUCAAGUAGUUUAAUAAAAUUUAUAGUAGUUUGAAUGUGUGCUUUAAUCAAUUUUUGGUAGCUCCAUUUUCAAAAAAAAAAGAAAGAAAGAAAGAAUUUCUCUGAACAUUCGGAAAACGAAAUGAGACUAAUAUUUCAGGAUGCAUGGACUAAUAUAUUACAGAAUUAGAGUAUAUAGUUGCUAUAUUCAAUACUCCGUAUUCUUAAAAAUACGAUUAAAUCAUGGAGCUAUUCUCUUGGCUGUUUGUGCGUGAGUCUAAAA